AUGCUGGAUGAUGCCGAUAAAAGACAUGCAGUGAAGCUGGAUACUGAGAAGCUUUGGUUAGAGCAGCUCCAAGACAAAUACUACGAUAUGGAUGACGUUUUGGACACCUGGAGCACUGCAAGGAUCAAAGCAGAGAUAGAGAAAAAAGAAGGAAAACCAGCUGAUGUUAACGCUCCUGCUGUUGUGAAGAAGGUAUGCUCCUUCCCAUCUCCAUUAUGUUGUUUUAACCUUCCACUGCGUCAUGAUGUUGGUCACAAGAUUAAAAAACUGAAUGAAAAAUUAGAUGAGAUUUUCAAUGACAGAGAGAAGUAUGGGAUUGACUUUAACAGGCAACCUGAAGUAGUUGAGCGACCGAUAACUACAUCCUUUCUGGAUGAGUCCAAUAUAAUUGGUCGUGAUAACUAUAGGGAGGAGCUGUUGAGCAAUCUCUUAGGCGUGGGAGUCCAAAGGAAAGAAAACCCCGUGUCAUAUCUUUGGUGGGCAUGGGAGGUCUUGGAAAAACCACAUUGCCCAAAUAACCUACAGUCACAGUGA